CACACCUCUAACUAAAACCACGAGAUAAAUAAAUAAACAAGGCGGUUUUAUCCAAUUAACAAAGCAAUGGAAGGCGCCAAUGUGCUCGCGGAUGAACUGAUGCGGCGUCUGCGCGAUGGCGGCACCUUGGAGGAGGUGAUCGACUGCGAGAUGUUCGAGAAGACGCAAUUCGCGGAUGCCGACGAUAUUAUCGUUGUGCACAUGGAUAUCAGGGAGCCACUGACUGCGCUGAAAAAACUUGUUGAGGAAAAAAUUGACGUGAAACUGCACUACUAUUCGUUUUGGCUGCAGGAUGCCCAAGAGCUGGAACCGCACAAGAACCUUGUGGAUCAGUGCGUCAAAGGCGAGGGCCUGGUACAGAUCAACGUCCAAAUCCAAACCAUACAAAAAAGAAUCAACAUAGUGGACGUCCUGAAGCCCACAGAUGAAGCGCUGGCCGAUCAGGACCCAGAGGAAACCAUCUCGCCGGUGACGGCCCAGCUCUCGCCGCCCGAUUCGUUGAGCGUCGAAAGUUCACCCAGCGUUAGUCCCGUGAAAACGGAGAGCCUCAAGCGCAGAAGGAUCAAAGAGGAGUGUGAAGAUGAGCCUGUGGAGCCGGUCAAGAGUGUGAAGCCCGUUCUCAAUUGGGUGCUGGACAGCAAGUUCAAGCGGGAGCAGACGCGUCUGAAUAUUCCCGAGGUGGCCAGCCAAUGGACCACGGCCCAUGUGAGCCACUGGCUGGAGUGGGCCGUGAAGCAGUUCGAGCUGAACGACAUCAUCAUGAGCGACUGGCGGAUCAACGGACAAGAGCUGUGCGCCAUGACGCACUAUGAGUUCAGCCAGAAGCUGCCGCACGAUCCAGGCAAUGUUUUCUGGACACAUCUGCAGCUGCUCAAGGAGUGCAACUUUGUGUCCGUCGUUCACAAACAGGCCGAGGAGCUGCGGAAGCCCAAGCAACCCAAGAUCGUGAUUCCCAGCAGCACGGCGGCAACUUCUGCGACGUCCCUCGAACAGCGGAUCAUGAGGAAGUCCUACCAGAGCGUCAAGAGUACGGAUUCCGACAGUUCACAAACGCCACAAAGCCCCACAAAUUACACCGCAGUUGGCUCCGGCAACAACGGCCAGGUGCAGCUGUGGCAAUUCCUGCUCGAAAUCCUCACCGACUGCGAUCACUCGGACAUCAUCGAGUGGGUGGGCACCGAGGGCGAGUUCAAGCUUGUCGAGCCCGAUCGCGUGGCCCGCCUCUGGGGCGUGAAGAAGAACAAGCCCGCCAUGAACUACGAGAAGCUGUCGCGCGCCCUGCGCUACUACUACGACGGUGAUAUGAUCUCCAAGGUCUCCGGCAAGCGGUUUGCCUAUAAAUUCGACUGCGAUCUGAAGUUGCUGAUCGGCUACGAUGCCCGCGAAUUGUCGCGGCUCGUCAACGAACGCAAACGAUCGGCCGAGAGCAUGCAGGCCCUGGAAGCCUUGCAAGAGGCCACAUGACAGGGCGCAUAUGCGGUCAAGUUGGAGCCCGACGACAUAAUCUGGAAGUAUGAGGAGCCUUAGCGCUGGCCGGGCGGCGCCUGCUGGAUAUUGAUACAAAUUGUUGAACAUUUUAUUUUCUUAAGGCACAUGAAUUUAUUUUCCAUUCUGUAUUCACUAAGCAUUAUAAUUUCUGUCUAUGUGGGCGUAGGCCCUAGCUAUAGCUAUAAGUAUUCCGUACUACGAGUAUCUAAAGCUAAAUAUCUUUACUUUAAACAUUAUCGGUAUCUGUAUGUGUAUCUUUAUCUGAAUGGUAUCUUUAUAGUAGUAUGUAUAUUGAAUAUUGUUCGUUACAUGAAGUUUGCGAUUUUUGUAAAAUCUAUAAAAACUAAAUUCAUUUUCCACGCGA